AUGCCUUCAGAAAUGACGUUUUCAAAGUUUCAUCGUGCACACUUCAUCAAACUGAUCUAUUUUUACUCCAUCUUAUGGUUGCCAAUCGUGUUCAGCAAUAGUUUACUUGGUGAUAAAUGCGUCACUUCCAUUCAAAGAUUCAGUCUCUUGAAACAAGCAUUCAAAGCUGUUAGGACACAGGAUAUGUUUUCCUGUUACUACCUUUGCAAAGGAGAUGACAUCUGCCAAAGCAUAAACUUCAACAAAGACAGCAACUUGUGCGAGUUGAACAACCGAACACGUUUGGUGAGACCGUACCAUUUUGUGCCAAAUUCAAAUAUAAUUUACUUGGAAAAUCCGUUUCGAGCUUUUCUUGGUUCGUCACCAGUACUCCCAGCCUCAUCAUGCCAAGAGAUUAAAAACGCCUCCGAAGGACUGGCCCCUAGUGGUAGAUAUUGGCUAACCUCGAAAGGAGCUGGAGACCAACCUGUAAGCGCUUAUUGCGAUAUGGAUAGAGAAGUGACUGUAGAGUGUUCAGGUAACCCGUGCCAGAAUGGUGCAAAGUGUGACUUCUACGGGAAGGGACAGUACAAGUGUCGAUGCUUACCAGGGUACACUGGGGAGCACUGUGAAAUUGACAUUGACGAGUGCUCCAGCAAUCCGUGUCUGAAUGGAGGCACGUGUAUUGAUUUGGUAAAUGGUUUUAAUUGCUCCUGCACAUCACCAUUGUUUGGCAAACAUUGUGAACUGGGCAUGGGAGCAGAGUGCAGCUCUUACUUACUCGACACAGAGGAAGACCGCAGCAUAGCAUAUCAAUCAGGUGGGUCAAAGAAAUGUGACGACGCCUUUUCUGGAGGCUGGUACCGCUUUAACAGCACUGCAGGCUCAAAGAUGCCUACAACUUGUGUGCCAAAGAAUAUGUGUAACACAGAUGCACCCGGCUGGCUCAGUGGGAGUCACCCCACCCUCCAGGAAGGAGUUGUCGCUCGCACCGUUUGUUUUCAUUGGGGCGAUAACUGUUGCAACUGGAAAGUCACCAUUGAUGUGAAGAGUUGUGGAGAAUUUUUCGUUUACAAGCUUGUUAAACCAGGCGCAUGCACUCUUCGUUAUUGCGUGACCAACUGA